AGACAAAGAGCGGAGCCUCCUCCAGCGGGGGAGCCCGGCCGCUGCCUCCUCCUCCUGCUCCUCCUCCGCCUGGGCUCCAGUGUGCCGGGCCGGCCGGUGGGGACCCCUCCCCGGCUCUUGUGAGUUUGGGUGGGGGGGCCGCACCCGUGCUUUCUGCCCCACGGUCAGCUCUCGGCGCUCUGCCUCCGCUCUCCCGGCCGAGGGCGUCCCCCUCCCCCCCAUCACCCGCCCUCACUCGGGAGGUCCAUCUUGACGGUGAUCAAUCUUAUGUACCCUCCUGUAGCUGAAAAAGCUCUUCUUGCAACUCUGGAGGAACAUCUUCAAGCAACACGCAAGACACCAUCAUCUUUGAAAAGCAAGUAGCCGAGGGGUUCAUAAGCCUGCUUUUCCAGUUAAGAUUUUGUGCUGCUAUUAUACCACAUAAAACAAAUAUUCUGGAUCAGAGUCAUCUGUGAAACUUUCUGCUAAAGGUGAAAACUGAUGACAGUUCUACAACUUCUGAAACAUCAUCUUCUGACAGUAAUUUUAUUAAAGAGUAGUACCUCAUUUUAUCAGUCACAUCUUGUAACUGUGUGCCAAAGAAGGACUCCAUGAAAGAUGACAGAAGAAGUUAUUGUUAUAGCAAAGUGGGAUUACACCGCACAGCAGGAUCAAGAACUUGACAUCAAGAAGAAUGAGCGUCUGUGGUUGCUAGAUGAUUCCAAAACUUGGUGGAGGGUAAGGAACGCAGCCAACAAAACAGGAUAUGUGCCAUCUAAUUAUGUGGAGAGGAAGAACAGUUUGAAGAAAGGCUCCCUGGUUAAAAAUCUUAAAGACACAUUAGGGCUGGGUAAGACAAAAAGAAAGACAAGCACAAGAGAUGCCUCUCCCACCCCGAGUACAGAUGCAGAGUAUCCAUCCAAUGGAAGCACCACCGCGGACAGAAUUUAUGACCUCAACAUCCCAGCCUAUGUUAAAUUUGCAUAUGUUGCAGAGAGGGAGGAUGAACUCUCUCUAGUGAAAGGAUCCCGGGUCAUUGUGAUGGAAAAGUGUAGUGACGGCUGGUGGCGAGGUAGCUACAAUGGACAGAUCGGCUGGUUUCCCUCGAACUAUGUUGUAGAGGAACUAGAGGAAGCAACAGCUGAUUCCCCAAGUUUUCUCAGUUUAAGAAAAGGAGCAUCCAUGAGUAACGGCCAGAGUAUGAAAGUGCUCCAUAUUGUUCAAACACUCUAUCCUUUCAGUUCCGUUACGGAGGAAGAGCUCAACUUUGAGAAAGGGGAAGCAAUGGAAGUCAUUGAAAAACCUGAAAAUGACCCAGAAUGGUGGAAAUGUAAAAACUCCCGAGGACAAAUUGGCCUUGUUCCUAAAAACUACGUAGUCAUCUUAAGUGAUGGUCCUGCCAUGAACACUUCCCAUCCGCCUCAGAUAAGCUAUACAGGGCCAUCUUCUACGGGACGGUUUGCUGGAAGAGAGUGGUAUUAUGGGAACGUUACACGACAUCAGGCCGAAUGUGCCCUUAAUGAACGGGGUGUCGAAGGGGACUUCCUUGUUAGAGAUAGUGAAUCUUCGCCCAGCGACUUCUCCGUAUCUCUUAAAGCAUCAGGGAAGAACAAACAUUUCAAGGUGCAGCUUUUGGACAAUGUCUAUUGCAUUGGACAGCGUCGAUUUCAUACUAUGGAUGAAUUGGUGGAACACUACAAAAAGGCACCUAUAUUCACCAGUGAACACGGGGAAAAGUUAUAUCUCAUCAAAGCACUUCAGUGACAUUAAAGAGGGGCUAGGCUGCCUAGUCCGCUCCUCACUAAACGCCUAGUCCGCUUCUCACUAAACUACAGGCCUUAGGUCCAACAUUCACCUACACAGAGCAGAGCUGACCUCCUACCUGAUACAGUCCCACACCUAGGGCUCUUGCUUCCCAGAGGGCUUUGCUUUAUUGGGUCCUUUGUCCUUGAUUUUUGGUUCAUUUGCGUAGUUUGUCUCCCCCGCACCUUCCCCCCUACCCAGUUCUGUUUGGUUCAGUUUGCCUCCCCUCAGGUUAAAAAUUUAAGUGACCAUUAUCAGAACUAACUUCCGUGACUGGGUUCUAAAGCCUCUCUCCCUCCCCGGUUUACAGAAUUUGGAGAUGAGAGAGGGAGGUGAGUUUGGUUUGUUUUUGUUCUUUUCGAUUGGAGACAGUGUUAAUCUGUUCAAAUUGUUCAUGCUGACAGAACUCUUAGUUAAGAGACAUUGGGCACAGUUUGAAUGCACUGAAGCUACAGCUAAUUAAGUGAAAUAUAGUAGACAUAAACAGUUGUGGCUGUGAGUUCUGUAGCUCUUUGCUUACCAGGUAGUGUAUGACAAAAAUUCCUAGGAUCUAGAAGCACUCUACGCUGUCUUCUGCUAUUACGUUGCUUCCUUGACUCUAUAUAAGAGUACACCAAUUAAAGCAUUUUGUAAUAGGACUUCUUAAACUACUAUGGUAAGAUUGUAGUAAAAGAAAUCUAUCUAGUGUAUUUUGGUCUGUGGUUGCAACAAAGAGAAUUCCCUUGAAAGCUGUUUUGCAAGAGAGAGAAUCAGUGACUUAUGAAGACUGAAGGUUUUGGUAAUCUAUACAACCAAAUGUGCCAUCCACAUAAUCCUUUUUCCUCUUGCCCUUCUGCUUGUUUGAAUUUAACAAUUAUGUAUUUAAUUCUCAAAGUAAUAUGUAUCUGUAGCUGUUUGUUGACACUAAUGCAGAUGAUUACAAAAAAACUGAUCUUUUGGGGAAGGGGGGCUACCAACACUAUAUGUAUGUAUAUAUAUUUACAUAUAUAUGUAUACAUAUAUAUAUAUAUAUUAUUUGCUUUACAGGGAAAAUUCUUCAGGGUUUACAAAAGAUGAUGUGAUUGGUAGUAAGAGACACACAGAAUGUUAAUGAAGAAAAUGCAUUUUCUCUUUUCUUUACAUUUAAACUUCUUUAUAGUUUAAAUAUACAGUCUUGAGAUGGCACAUUCCUGAGAUUGAAGAAGGGGUCUUGAGAUCCCCUAAACUUGCAUACACAGUUUUUUGGAUAUUGUAAUAAAAAAGGUAUUAUGUCAA